CAGAUGAUCUCCAUUCCAGUCUUCAUUUUCACUCCGGUCUUUGUUCUUUCCUUCAGAUCGCCUUUCUGCUUUCUUCACCAAUAUAGACCGCUUUUUGCAACAAUGGAGCAGCAAUUCCAACGGCGAGUGUCUCGCAGGCGCUCCUCUCUUGUGGUCGCUGCCACUGUGGCGGCGGUGGUCUUGCUGAUGCUGGCGUAUUCGCCACAGUCCGCGUCUGCCGUCUCGUUCGAGCUGCCCGCCACGACCGUCCGCUGCUUCAAGGAGUCCGUCCACAAGGGCCAGCAGUUCGUCGGCUCGUACUCGGUCUCGGAUCCCGCCAACCAGCAAAUCAUCAACCUCAAGGUGACGGAUUCGCACAACGGCAUUGUGUACGCCAAGGAUAACAUUGACACUGUCUCCAGCAAGAAGUUUGCCUUCUCUGCCGAUCAAGACGAGCUUUACGAGUUCUGCUUUGAGAGCCGAGUUGAUGCUGGUGUGCACGUCACCCCCGAGCACAAGCGCGACAUUUCCAUCUCUUUCAAGCAGGGCGUGGAAGCGCGCGAUUAUGAGGCGCUUGCGCAGGCAGAGCAGCUCAAGCCACUCGAGCUCACGAUGCGAAAAGUCGAAGAUCUGAGCCAGAGCAUUCUCAGCAGCUUUGAGUAUCUGCGACAGCGCGAGGAGGAGAUGCGAGACACGAACGAGUCGACCAACGAGCGCGUCAUGUACUUUAGCAUCCUCUCCAUGGUGAUUCUGAUUGCGCUCGCCGUCUGGCAGAUCUUUUACCUCAAGCGGUACUUUAAGAGCAAGCAAAUUAUUAACUAAGCAUGAUGUGUGUGUCUGUAUGUGUGUGUUUAUGUGUGUGUGAAUGCGUGUGUGCGUGUGUACUGCUGCAUUGUUUGAGACGUGAUUGUUGCGAGUGCGCUGUAUGCUUGUUUUUCAAGCUCAAUCUUUGUUUGCUGUUGGAUCAUACAAACUACUCUAUCUGAUG